AUGCACGAUGAUAAACUAUGCGAUAAUUCCAAGUCUUACUCAUUUUUAAAUGAAUACUUCAUUUUUUUCCCACCUAACUCUCUAAAAACAUUAAUUAUUAUUGAUUUUGUUUCAUUUAGGAAAACAACAAAAUGUAGUAAUGUUGAAUCUUGGGGAAAAUAUCUUACAUGCAUAAGAAGGCAUAAUUCAAGAUUUUGUCCACAAGCGAAGAAUAUUCAAUUCCAAAAUCUUUUUGAUGUCAUCCCAUGA